AGUGAGAUAUUGUAUUAGGGUUAUUAUAAUAAUGGGUAAAAAGUCAGUAAAUGGAGUAUAUUAUUUAGAAGCGAAUUUGAGGAAUAAUUUAAAGAAGUGUAAAAUAAUUUAAAAUGACAAAAUAUUAGAGGAGGGGGAUUGUAUGAUAAUACAAUAUAAGAGACUUCGAUUAAGAUUGGUAAAUGGAUGGAAUUAAUUGAUGGAUUUAAUUGUAGAUCAUAAGUCUUUUAUUGUGGUGAUUAUAUAAAUGGUAUAAAAAUUGGUAGAUGGGAUAUUUAUUUGAAAAAAGAUAAAAAUCAUUAGUUAAUGU